AGACCGUCGUUAGGUGUAGUCUGCAUAAGAGUUCCGAUGGGGCGCUUCUCCUGAAGUUGAUUAGGAACUGUCUUGAUGUUUGCACUGAUGUGAUUACGGUUUUACGUAGAUCUUGCUUUCUAUCUAUAUUCAGUGGUGGACUGUCUACAUCCGGCAACAAAUCAGCGUCUAGAUCUGUAGAUGAAAUAGCUCGAUCGGCAGAAUGAAUAGAGGUCGUGUCGGCCGUACAGAGAUUUUCAGAACUGUAUCUCGCAAUGUCGGUGAGUUUGUGACGUCACAGAGGGAAGAGAUCCUUAAUUCUCUUGAGCUGUCUCUUCUUGGGAAUGGAAAGUUUACAGCAUUAGAAAACACACCAGACAAAGAACUGAACAGACCUGAUGCGUAUGGAGAGGUGGCACUGCGACUGGCCAUCAGGUGUGGGCGUCUAGAUUUGUGCAAAUCUUUGGUAAAACGAGGUGCGCAAGUGACCGAUGUCGAGUCCAACUGUUGUUGGACUUUGCUUCAUGCUGCAAGUGCUAAAGGCAGCAGAGACAUUGUUGCCUUUCUUUUGAUCAAAGGAGCUAUGCGUCAAAUUAACGCGCAAAAUAACAGAGGAGAUACCCCAUGUCAUCUCGCUGCUAAAUGUGGAUAUACUCCUGUAGUGAAACUGUUGGCCAAGUCAGGGGCUGAUAUCAGUAUAAAGAAUUGGAGAGGUCGAAAUGUUCGAGAGGAGGCAAUGGCAAAUUGUCAACUUAGGACAGUCAGUAGUUUGGAGCAACUUUGCAACAUGCAGCAUGAAGGUAUCACGGACAGCACCCUAGCUAUUGGAAACGACGAGACGUGUGGUACCAUAUUGCACAGUUAAUGUAUUUGUAAUAACGCGACGUUGUUAGACUGUUACAGUGUAUUUUAGUACUUAACGUGUGAUUCUAAAUUUUCCAGAUACGAAAAAGAUUGGAAGACUUAAUUUAAUGCAUUGUUUAUAGCAUUGUGUGUGUGUG